AUUUUGGUUGAACUAUUAGUUCUCUUGCAUCAGCUACAUUCAUCUUACAGCAGAAGUGAAAAAGUUGUGACCACUAAAUCAAGACAGUUGGCUUCCCUAAUUUGUAUAAAUGCAUGAUAUAUAGAGACUAGCUGAUGGUCCUGUUUAGUGGCCUGGGUUUUUUCUCCUAUGUGAGCACUUGCACAUGCUUCUGUCUUCACUGACUGAGUGGAAACAUCUUCAUUUAUAUGUAAUUUGACGCUCUAUACAUUGAGAUUGAGUCAUUCAGGUAAGCGUUCUUGUAGUUCAAACAGUAGAUAACAGUGCUGGCAAUGCCAGGGUUGAUUCUCAGGGAAUGCAAAAACUGAAUGAAAACAUACUUUGAGUGAAAUGUACUAUAAGUCACUUUUUAGUGGCUUGCAUGUAAAGUAAUUUUAUUUUAGUACAUUUUAUUUCUAUAGCCCCUUUCUAGAGCAAACAUCACAAAGUGCUUUACAUCCAAAAAAUAAAAAGGAAAUGACAAAAGAAUGAAGUUUUAGAAUAAUUACAAUUGAAUUUGACAUUACUGCCAUGUUGCUAACAAAACACUUUUAUACAAGAUGUAUUUAUUCAGGAUUUGAUUUUUAAUCCUGUUUAGAAAAAUGUCAGAUAAAAUCUAAUGUGUAUGAUUAUUAGCUGUUGUAAGGGUAAUUAUUGACUCUUCUGAGGUAAAUGAAUAAUAAUGUUGUAGAUAUAGAGCUGUUGCUUUAUAUAGGUGUACAUGCCAAUAGUAAAAUCUGAUUGGUUGAACACAAAAAACUCAGUUGCUUCUAAGUUACUAUGGUGAUAAACACUGCUAAAAGCUGAGCCACUUUUAUGGUGCCUAAAACCCAGGGUUGGUACAAACUAAACUGAAACGUACCUGCUAUCACCUUAAACUGGCUUCAUGGAAUAGGCCCCAGCUGUCUUAGGAUCAAACCUGACCAAGUUCAAGUGUUGUCUGGAGUCUGGAAUCAGAUUAAUGCAAUUCAGGAAGUGCGUUUACGGGAAGUGACACACUUGACAAAUUCUCAGCUCGCUGCACUUGGACUCAGUGUUGUUCAGCUGCAUCUUCAGUGAUCAGAUGAGACAUGAAGCUGUUUGAACUGUGUUUGUUGUGCUGCUGCUGCUUUCUAGUGUAUGUUAAAGGUCAUAAUGUGUGUCAACAGAAGCUCAUUUCAAGAGUCAAUUUAUCCACAGAACUGCAGUCUGAAAUCACGCUGCCUUGCCUGUUUGAAGCAGCUCUCUUUGGAUCAAACCUGACCAUGAGUUUAGUUGCUGUCUGGGCUCAGAUUAAUACAACAGUUGAAUACAUUGUAGAGAUCAACGUAAAUGGUCUGGAAAGCUUCUGGAAUAACAGAAAUGGUAGAAUUCAAGCAUUUCGUGAUCGCUCUGGCUCUGGAAACUUCUCCAUCCUGAUCAGUAAUGUGCAGCGCUCUGAUCUUGGUCUCUACCACUGUGAACUGUUCAGAGAGACUAACUGUUCUCUGGGCUAUAGACAGAUCAGUCUCAGUCUUGUUGAGUUUUCACAGCUUAACUGGCAGCUCAUAGUUGCAGGAGGAGGAGGAUUUCUGCUUCUCUGUCUGAUCACUGUGUGUGUUUACUACACAUGGACGAAACGUGAGUCUGAUUGCUGUGCAAUGAGACCUGGUGAGCUAAUUGUAUUAAUAUUAUAUGACAAACCUGAAAGACAAUUAAUACAACACUUACGCUACUACAGCACAAUGUAAAAUUGCAGACUAACUUGAACAAGACAAGUAAAAGACCAGCAAUGUGUGAUGACUAAAACUAAUUCUGAGCAAGAUUGAUGUCAUUCAAGACCCUUUGAAAUAGUUUGCAAUACAAUUCUAACUCAGCUGCUCUAGAAUGGGUCUCAGAGAUGUUUUUGAAUCUGGAGAACAUAUGGGACAAAGCUUCAUAUCAUGAACAUUUUCUCUUUAAAUGUUCUUUCAGGUCCAACAGUUGAUGAGAUGACAUAUACAACAAUUGUCUAUAAAGCACUGCCAUGAAAGCAAUGGAACAGUUAUUUCAUAUUCAAAGAUGUGUAUAAAGUAGCCUGUCAUCUAUAUACUGUUUAGGAUUGCAUAUACCCUCAGUGACCACUUUUUAAACUUUUAUAAUAGGAACAGGUGGGUGGGUUACAUUUGACAAUACAUUUUUUUUAAUUUACACCCUUAUUUGCCUAAAUAAUUAAUUAAAGCUGAGAUAUUAACUGCAAAUCCAGGGUGGAAAUUAAAAUAACAGCCACUUCAGAAAGUCACAGUUUUGUCAUAUUUUAAAUGCAGUAGUUAAAUACAUAGCUUCAAAAUAUUUUUUCAGCAGUUCUGUCUUUCUUAUUUCUUUUUGCUCUAGAUGGGGGGGGAAGCAAAAACAGAAAAUGUAUGCAAGAUCAUAUAUAUGAAUAGUCAAGUAAUUUAGAUAUAUUUACUGGUAAAGCAAAUUUUUCAAACUAAAAAAGUUAAACAUUCUAUCACAUGUAUGAUUUUCUCAAUACGGCAAAAGCAAUUUUCUUUUUAAUGAUUCUUUAAAGAUCAGGGGACGUAUUCACAAAACAUCUUAAGGCUAAAAAUAGCUCCUAACUUGCCGAUUUAGGAGAAACUCUUAAAAAUAAUGGCCGUGUCAGUCCUAAUUUUAGGAGUCCUAAUUUUGCUCUAAGAGUA